UCUUAUUGUCCGUUUUACUUUUAUUACAGUUUGUGCAGUUUUAUGAAUAAUCACAUUGUGGAAAGCCCAUAGUGAGGUUUAUAUGGUUGAACCGUGCCCUCUAUUCAAUUAAUUUCUAACAAUGCAAUGUUUUGUGAUUCAGUGAUUAACUCCUGUGUUGAUUUAUUUUGAUACAGUGAGCUUAAUACUUAUAGUGACCAAUGCUAUAAUAUACUUUACAAAACCAAAGCGCGAGAAUGAAAAUCUGUGCAGCCCAGCUGGGUUUAUGAUCUUUUAAAUGACUACAUUACCCAAGGAGCACUUCUAGUGACGCUUCUGAUUAACGACACCCACGGCCGCCGGGAUCAUCUUCAUCUCUGAUUGGACAAAAAUAGUGACGACUUCAUUCAUGCGACAAGCCAUGUGUUCAGAUACGCUUGAGAAAGCUAGCUGCUGUCAAUUAGAAGAUUGACAAGCAGUUUUAAAAGCAUGAGUACGGGUUUGAGGGAUAGCAUUUCUAACAAUGGAGAAUAGUUCUUGCUUUCUAUGAGUAACAGAUGAUCUAUAACAACACAGUUGAGAAGGUUAUACCAUAUACAAAGUAAAAAGAAACAUGCUGGAAGAUAAAGAAGCCAAGGACCUUCUCAAUUUUCUUACUCUGGAAAUGCGCCCUGAUUUAAAAGGACAAGCAACUGGGUAUAUUCUUGGCCUUACAGGCAGCAAAGAUGGCUGCAAGUGUCUCGGCAACAAACCCGAAUUUAUAAAAGCACUCUUGACUUUGACAUCGGAUACAUCUGUUGCAAUUGUGAAGGACUGUUACAACGCCCUCAUUAACUUGUCUGCAGAUGAAACGGUGCACCACUCGCUACUGAAAGAGACCACCUUGCUUUCCACAUUGCUUGGUCAUCUCCUGGAUCCUGGAUACAUUUUUGCAGAUCAGAUUUGUACUAUUUUGACCAACCUUUCACGAAAUGAAAAGACUUGUAUGGAUGUUUUUCGAGUAAUCCAUGAUGAAGUAGGUCUGGCAAAAAUUGUAGAGGUUUUCUGUACAGAAGGAUACAAUAAAAAUGCCUCACUGCAUUACCUAGGACCCCUUCUUUCCAAUCUGACACAGCUUCCUGUGGCCAGACAUUUCAUACUGGAUAAAGACAGAUGUGUAAUUCAGAGACUUCUUUCAUACACACAGUAUGAAAGUUCCACUAUCCGUCGAGGAGGAGUUGUGGGUACUCUCAGAAAUUGCUGCUUUGAAUACUCAUAUCAUGAGUGGCUACUGAGUGAUAAAGUGGAUAUUCUCCCCUGUGUGUUGUUACCUCUUGCUGGUCCAGAGGAACUCUCUGAAGAGGAAAAUGAAAAUCUUCCUGUAGACCUGCAGUAUCUGCCUGAAGAUAAGAAGCGAGAAAAGGACCCAGAUAUCCGCAAAAUGCUGUUAGAAACUAUAAUGCUACUUACAGCCACAAAAAAUGGUCGUGAUAUUGUAAAGAAAAAAAAUACUUAUCCAAUCAUGAGGGAGUUCCAUAAAUGGGAGAAGGAGCCUGAUGUGAUUGCUUCCUGUGAGAAGUUAGUCCAGGUCCUUAUUGGGGAUGAACCAGAGCCAGGAAUGGAGAAUCUUUUGGAGGUUGACAUUCCAAAGGAGAUUGAGGAAAAACUGCAAGUUUUGGAUGAGCAGGAACAGAGACAGAUCGCGAAAGAGCAAGAGGAACUUCAAAAAAGGGAAGAUGACAGUCAAUCGAAUUAAUCAUUACAGCCUUGAGUGAUCAAUAAGCUUGUUUUCUGAAAAUAUUUUGAUUAAUUUAAGUUUACAAAUCUAUCUGCAUGCAAUUGUAAUAAAAUUAAAAUCUGUUGGAAA